AUGUUGUCCAGCGCCACCCUUUCGCUUGCUCUCCUGUUUGCCUCCGCAACCAACGCUUUGCCGAAUGGCUACUCCAGCUCAUCUGUAUCCCGCUCGUACACGGGAACCUACCCGAUCAUCGCCCAGCCGGUCCAGCCGGUCCAGCCGGUCCAGCGUUCUUUCUACGGUGGGCAGCAGCCAUACUUUGGACAACAACAGUUCUACUACGGCCAGCAACCUUCAUACUACGGUUACGGCUCGUACUUGCCAAACCAAGCAUUCUACGGAUACCAACCUUACCCCGCCUGGGGUCAGGCCUACGGAGCUGGCCCGGUACCUUUCGCCGGCCAGAGCUACGGAUACAGGAGUCGCACCAUCUACGGCGGCGGGCCUAUAACCGGUUAUCCGGACCAGGCCUUUGGCAACUUCGAAGAAUCUCAAUUCGGCCCCGCGACUCUCGCCCGCGCAGGCCUACAGAACAGUGUACAAGGUGGUGGUGAAAUCGGUGCAGGUGCUCAAGCCAUCUCACGGGCACAUGUUGGUGCAGGUGGUCAAGUCGCAGGAGGAGGCCAAUUCAGUGGAGCCGGGCAGAUCGGUGGAGCUGCUCUGCUCAACGGAAAUGGCCAGGUUGUAGGAGGAGCCAAUGCGAUCGGCGGCGGUCAACUCGGCGGUCAAGCGGGCGGAGCCGGACAGUUCGAUGCCAUCGCUCGUGCCGGGGGAAACGGUCAAUUCGGCCUGGGCGGCCAAGCAACCGGUCGUGGCCAAGUCAGUGGAGCCGGACAGUUUGAUGCUGGUGCACGUGCAAUUGGCAACGGACAAGUUGGUCUAGACGGCCAAGCAAUCGGACGGGCCCAAGUUGGUGGAGCGGGCCACUUUGAUGCCGGCGCACAUGCGAUCGGAAAUGGUCAAGCAGUCGGCCAAGGUCAAGUCGGUGGAGCCGGUCAAUUCAAUGCUGGCGCCCACGCAGUCGGUAACGGUCAACUUGGUCUUGGCGGCCAAGCAGUCGGACGUGGCCAAGUUGGUGGAUCCGGACAAUUCGAUGCCAGCGCUCGUGUAAAUGGAAACGCACAGGCCGUCGCAAACGGUCAGCUUGUAGGCGGUGGUCAGGUCGCCGGAGGAAGCAAAAUCGGCGCUGGUCUUCAAUAA